GGCUGUUGCCUCAGUCCCGCCCAGCCGUGGGACACGUCGCCCCUGCAAGAGGUGCAGCUAUAGAAAGAGUGACAACGGCGGCGGCGACCCUUUUCGGACGUUCCUCAGAGCAUUUUGAUAUGAUCAUUUAAAAUGGAUCCAGAAGAGCAGGAGUUGCUUGGCGAUUAUAGGUACAGAAAUUAUUCUUCAGCAAUUGAUAAAGCUUUGAGGAAUUUUGAAUCUUCAAGUGAAUGGGCAGAUCUCAUAUCUUCUCUUGGGAAACUCAACAAGGCUCUUCAAAGUAAUUUGAAGUAUUCCCUUUUACCAAGACGCUUGAUUAUCAGUAAAAGGUUGUCCCAGUGUUUACACCCAGCAUUACCUAGUGGAGUGCAUAUAAAAGCACUGGAAUCCUAUGAAGUAAUAUUUAAAAUUAUUGGAACAAAAUGGCUUGCAAAGGACUUAUUUCUCUACAGUUCAGGCCUUUUUCCAUUGCUUGGAGUUGCAGCACUGUCAGUGAAACCUGUCUUGCUCGAUUUGUAUGAAAAAUAUUUUCUCCCACUUCAGAAAUCUCUCCUGCCCAGUCUUCAGGCCUUCUUAAUUGGCCUUUUGCCUGGUUUGGAGGAAGGGUCAGAAUUCUAUGACAGGACUGAUGCUUUGCUUGUGAAGUUGUCCCUUGUAAUUGGAAAAGAAGUGUUCUAUUCUGCCUUGUGGGCCAGUGUCUUGGUUAGCCCUUCUGUAAGACUACAUGCUUCCCUUUUUGUUGUCAGUCAUAUCAACAGAGCAAUACCUGGAAAGCAGCAGAAUUAUAUAAUGGGGACUGAUCCUAAUCUCACAAUACAAGCUAUUUGUGUGUCAAUGCUGGAUUCAAAUGUUCUUGUACAAAGAAACACUUUGGAAGUGGUUCUCUUCUUUUUCCCAUUAUAUUCUUCUUUGGACCCAAAUGAGAGUGCUAUUCCAUUGCAUAGAUCUGAUGUGGUUCAUAUUCUUUCAGCAGCUGCACAAACUCUCUUAAGAAGAGAUAUGUCACUAAACCGAAGACUAUAUUCAUGGUUGCUAGGUUCUGAUAUCAAAGGAAGGGCUUCUGUACCAGAGCUAUCUAUUAAUGCAUCCUUAGAAGAUUAUGGCCACAUUUUUUUUGAAAAAUACUCCAAAGAACUUUUAGUUGAGGGUUUAAUUGAAAUACUACAUCAGAAAUUUUCAGAAUCUGACUUGGAAGAACAGCACCAUGCAUAUUUGAAGCCAUUCCGCAUUCUCAUAAGCCUACUUGACAAGCCUGAAAUAGGCCCACUAGUCAUUGCGGACUUGUUUCUUGAAGUGAUCAGAGCAUUCUAUAGAUAUUGCAAGGAAACAUUGGGUUCUGAUCUUAAACUUAGCUAUAGUCAAACUGGGAAUGUCCUUACAAGUGCAAUAAAAGAAAACAAGAAUGCAUCUGAGAUUGUUAAAACAGCUAACAUGUUGAUCACAUCCUUAAAUACAGAUUUUCUGUGGGAUUAUAUGACUGGUUGCAUUGAGGACUGCUUAAGCGACAAAAAUAAAUCCACACAGACACAACUGCUAACUAAUGAUGCAACAAUUUCGGAACUCUGCACAUUAACAGUAUUUCUUCUAGAUGUGAUACCACUGGAACUUUAUUCUGAAGUACAGUCUCUGUAUCUGCCACAAAUGCUCAGCUGUAUGGUGCAAAGUCUUCUUGAAAACAUGGAAGUACUAAGUUUAUCAGAGCUCACAUACAUGUUAAGAACAUGCUUUAAAGUGCUUAGUAAAGUGCAAAUGCCAUCUGCCUACCUGAGUACUGAAACUGGAAGCUCAGACUCUAGUCCUGUAAAGGAUGACAACCAGGAAAUAAGUUCAGAAUCCAAGGCGCUAGAAGAUGAAGAAGACAUUCCUUUACCUUCAAUAAAAUCUGAAGACAGCGGCAUUGCUCUUAGCGCUUCAUCUCCUGAACUGUUACAGCAUUUGAGGAUACCUAGGAUAAUCCCUGACAAAGAUGAUGUCUGGAAAAAGGGUGGAAACAUGCAGAUGACUUUGCACUAUAUCCAGGAACUGGCUGCCAAAUUUGCCAGUAAACAUAUAUUUGAGAUUCAUUUACAGAAUUCCAAUAAUGACAAUGUUUCAAAAGUCCAUGUCAGUCAAGGAAAUAACAAAGAGAAUAAUUACCAAGUUACCAUAAAUACUGAGGACAAAAAGAAUUUGUAUGAAUCCAGGCAGAUAGUGGUGCCUCAGUUGAAGCGAAUGCUAUCAGAUUUCUUCACCGUACGAGGAUCACCUUUUAAACAGAAAGAUCUGAAGCCUUCCUUCCCUUCUGAUGAAUGUGAUAAUCCAAGGGAUAAAGAAGAGAAAGAUUGGGACCUUGAUCAAGUUACAUUUGAUUUGGGAGCUACACGAGAGGAUUGCAGAGAGACCUUUUCAGCUCUGUGCUAUCUCUUACUGGAUUGCACUACAUUUCCGGUUUAUCUUUCUGAAGAAGAAUCCGAACUGUUGCAUUUGUCACUCUUUCAAGUGCCUGGAGGCAGUGAAUCCAGUUUUCCCUUGUGGCUUAAAUCCUUGAUGACAAUAUGUUGCUGUGUUAAUGACUGCUACAUUCAGAAUUUGGCAAUUUCUGUACUGCUAGAAGUCAUCAACCAUUCCCAGUCACUGGCAUUGGUUAUUGAAGACAGAAUUAAGCGAUAUAAAAUUCCUGGGCAAAACCCCUUCUUUGGAAGACUGCAGAUGGUCACAAUUCCUCCUAUUGCUCCUGGAAUCCUAAAGCUAAUUUCAGAAAAAACUGAUUUCUAUCAGAGAGUUGCUCAAGUGCUUUGGAAUCAGCUAAGCAAAGAGACACGAGAGCAUCACAAUACCUGCGUUGAACUGUUCUACCGUCUGCAUUGUCUAGCUCCAUCUGCUAAUAUCUGUGAAGAUAUUAUCUGUCAUGCAUUACUGGAUCAUGAUAAAUGUAUGAGACUGGAAGCACUGUUCAGAUUCUCCAUCAUGUGGCAUUUGACUAGAGAAAUUCAGGGCAGUAGAACUACAUCCCACAGCCGAUCUUUUGAUAGAUCCCUGUUUGUUGUCCUGGAUAGUCUGAAUUAUUCAGAUGGAGCAAUUAGUGCUGCAGCACAGGGUUGGUUGAUACGAGCACUCUCGCUUAAUGAUGUUACAAGAAUUCUUGAACCCGCUCUUCUGCUUUUAUUACAUCCCAAGACACAACGUGUCUCCCUUCACUGUAUCAAGCAGAAAAACUCAGCAGAAGACAUAUAUCUCUGGUAUACAAAGAAGACCAUCUUCCAGGAAUCAGUGAAGUCUCGAGAUCUGUGUGAAAGCAGUUCUGAAGAAACUUUGCCACAGAGCCAAUUCACAGUUGUGGAUAGAGAAGCUAUAUGGGCUGAAGUUGAAAAAGACCCAGAGAAAUCUCUAUUAAAAAAUGAACUCUCUGUGAACAAACCUUCUCUGUAUGCUGAAUUAGUACUUGAAAUGGGCAAAGAUGAGAGUGAACACACUGAAUCUGCCGAUACCAGUACCGGGCCUUUGGACAGUGAUAAUACUUCAUCAUUUUCACCUUCUCUUGAACAGCAAGAUCUGAUCCAUGAGGGGAAUAAUAGUGCCUCAGCAGAUGGCAGAAACAGUAUGAAACAUACUGGUUCUUCUAAUGUUUAUCCUGCUGAUAGUUCAAAAUCAAGUGCUGUGAUAAAUUUAGUACGUACCGAUUCUGAUAGAACCCGGGCAUCAGAAUCGCUCUCAAGUGAUGAUGAAAUGGAUUUGGAACUUCAAGCACUUAUAACAACUAGAUUACUAAAGCAACAGAAAGAAAAACAGGAGAUGGUUGAAGCUCUCUUUAAACAUGUCCUCUUAUACAUACAACCAUAUGAUUCAAAAAGGGUUCUGUAUGCAUUUUCUGUGCUUGAAGGAGUGCUUAAAACAAAUCCUAAAGAGUUUAUUGAAGCUGUAGCAAGCACUAGCAUGGAUACAAGUUCCACAGCUCAUUUGAAUUUAAUCUACAAUCUUUUAGCUCGCCACCAGGAAUCACUUGUGGGACAGAGCUUCUAUGGAAAACUUCAAAUUCAGUCGCCAACAAUGUGUCCCCAUUCAUUAUUAAUAGAAUUGUUAAUGUAUCUGUGUUUAAGUUUCCUGCGUUCUUAUUAUCCCUGUUAUUUGAAGGUGACUCACAAAGAUGUGCUUGGCAAUAGAGAUGUCCAAGUGAAAAGUGUUGAAGUAUUGAUUAGAAUGGUGACUCAACUAACAACAAUGGCCAAAUCAACAGAGAACAAGAAUAUAGAAUUCAUACGCAACUUGCUUGGAAGAUGCAAAAUUCAAGAGUUUGUCCUCCUUUCUGUCUCUGCUUCUAUGUAUAUUAGUCAGAAAUGCUAUGAAUGUAUGUUAGCUAAUAAGACUAAUGGUUUAAGUGAACACUAUAUCCUUGAGGAAAGUCUUAUCAAUUUUGGUCAUGAUCAGAUUUGGAGUGAACAGCCUUUACAAAUCGAAUUACUUAAACUUCUGCAAGUGUUAAUAGUGUUGGAGCACCAUCUUGGGCAGACUCAAGAGGAACAGGAAAAUCAGCCAGCCCUAUCUAAGGAAUGGCAGAGGGCUCUUAGUUUUCAGGAAGCCAUCAGUGCUGUGCAAUAUGUGCAUCCACACCCUAUAACUUCUCAAGGUUUAUUUGUGUCUGCAGUAGUUCGAGGCUUGGAGCCAGAAUAUGGCUAUGGCAUGCAUCCAUCUUGGGUCGGUUUGGUUACAUAUUCUUUGCCAUACUUUGGAAAAUCGUUAGGAUGGACAGUAGCCCCAUUUAUUGUACAGAUAUGCAAGAAUCUGGAUGAGCUUGUCAAUCAAUAUGAGCAUGAAGUGCUGAAGAUGUCAACUAAAAUGUCAGCAAGCAUAAAUUAUAAAAGGGAGAACAUUACACCAGAUUAUCCUUUAACUCUUUUGGAAGGACUUACAACUAUUGGCCAUUUUUGUCUUCUGGAUCAUCCAAACCAAACCAAAAAGUCACGUUUUAAUGCUGAUCCAACAAGUCUAAAAAAUGCUAGGAAUGCCAUUUUGGAAGAGCUUCCUCAAAUCAUUAACACCAUGUCUCUCCUCUGGAAUGUCAUUAAAAAAGAAGAUUCUCAAAAAAGACCGUCUGAUUUCCUAGGCGUAAAAGGCUGUUCAUCAAUUUAUUUCAAAGCAACAAAAAUAUUAAAGAAUAAAAUCCUAGACUUCUUGAAUCCCCUCACUGGACAACUUGGUGUGCAACUAAUAGCUGCAACAGCAGCAGUUUGGAGCAGUAAAAAACCUCAUAAAUAUCAAACAAAGAUGCCUCCUAAAGCUAAUGCAUUACAGCUAAUAUUGGUUGAUCUUGUUUGUGCUCUCAGCACUCUGAAGACUGACAUUAUACUGCAGCUAAUAAAAGAAGUUGUAAAGAAACCUUCUCAAAUUAAAGGCGAAGAGAAAUCUGUCCUAGUGGAUAUACCAGUGCUCCAAUUCUGCAAUGCUUUCAUUCAAAGGCUUCCAGUUUCAGCCCUGCAGGAGAACUUCCAGUCAUUAUUAGGAGUGUUGAAGGAAUCUGUGCAAUUGAAUUUAGCACCACCUGGUCAUUUUUUGCUUCUCAGUACUCUGAAUGACUUUGUGACGAGAACUCCAAACCAGGAGAAUAAAAAGAAUCAAAAAGACUUGCAGGAUAUAACUCAGAAAAUAUUGGAAGCGGUGGGAAAUGUUGCAGCUUCUUCUCUAGAACAAACUAGCUGGCUCAGCAGGAAUCUAGAGGUGAAAGCUCAGUCUCAGAUCUCUUUAGAAGAACCCAAUGUGGAAAAUAAUCUGCAUGAUCAUUCCACAGUAUCAUCUGUUGUGUCUGCCUCUGCUCCAUCAAUAUACAGUGUUCAAGCUCUAACUCUCCUUGCAGAGGUACUUGCUUCUCUCCUGGAUAUGGUUUAUCAAAGUGAUGAAAAAGAGAAAGCAGUCCCAUUAAUCUCACGCUUGCUCUACUAUGUGUUUCCUUACUUACGCAAUCACAGUGCCUAUAAUCUUCCUAGUUUCCAUGCUAGCACUCAGUUGUUAAGUUCCUUAAGCGGCUACGCCUAUACUAAACGAGCAUGGAAGAAAGAUGUUUUAGAUCUGUUUAUGGAUCCUGCUUUUUUUCAGAUGGAUACUUCAUGCAUUCACUGGCGAACCAUUAUCGAUCACUUACUUACACAUGAAAAAACUAUGUUUAAAGAUUUGAUGAAUAUGCAGAGUAGUUCCUUAAAACUUUUUCCAACUCUUGAACAAAAGGCAAUGCUGUUAAAGCGUCAAGCCUUUGCUGUUUUCAGUGGUGAAAUUGAUCAAUAUCAUCUUUAUCUUCCUUUGAUACAAGAACGAUUGACUGACAACCUACGUGUUGGACACACUUCUUCAGUAGGUGCCCAGAUGUUCCUUUUUUUCAGGGUACUUUUAUUGAGAAUUUCCCCUCAACACCUAACCUCUUUAUGGCCAAUAAUGGUAACAGAACUGAUUCAAACGUUUUUACAGUUAGAGGAAGAUCUAACAGAUGAACCAGCAAAAAACAGCAAAAAAAUGAGCAGACAGAAAGCAUCAUCAAAUGGCAGUGCUCGGUUACUUGGAGACAUACAACAGAAUGAAUUAACCUUGUAUUUAUCAGCCUGUAAAUUCUUAGACACAGCACUUUCUUUUCCAUCUGACAAGAUGCAAUUGUUUCAGAUGUAUAGGUGGGCCUUUGUUCCAGAGGUGGACAUGCAGAGUUGCAGCAUGAUUUCAGAUGUAAUGGAAAGUCACCAGGAAUGCAAGCCUCAUGUUGCUAGAAUCAUGGAUUUAUUGAAGCUAAAAUAUGGGGAACAAAAUAUCAGUGAUGAACCAACAAAAAACUGUGACUUUCCUCUUUUGGAUCUUCAUUCUGUAUCAAAUAUCACACAAUUAAUUCCAUUCUUUAAUACAUUAAACUCUGCUUUUAAAACUCAAAGUGGCAGAUUACUAAACACACACAACUCCAAGUCUUUUAAAAACACCUAUCCCACCAGCAGUGGAACAAGAAUUUUGAAGCUGUUGGAAGAAUAUGUUGAGCGUGAUUUUAUAGAUAAUAUGGAAAAUGAAUCAUUGUAAGAUAUCUGUUCGGUUCUUAUAAUAAUCAGGUUUCAUUUUGCUAAAAUGUGAAAUGCUUGAAGCCACAUGCAACUUUCCCUUGCUUUACCAAAACAAAUUAGCUUAAAUUAACAUGAAGAAUCAUUAUUUUUCAAUUAAAAUAAUAGUUUAAUUGAGAUGCUUGUUUAUGAAUGCAGAUUUGUUGACUUUCAAUGAAAAAAAAAUCCCUUCUACCAGGGAUUCUACAUUCUAUAUUUCUCAAAAGAUAAAUUCUUCUAAAAUUAAUUUAAUUCUGCUCUAAACAACUUCUGCAUAGCAAUUUACCAAAACAAAUUAGCACAGUUACAUUAGUCAUGUUUUUCUGACCCCAAAGUCAGAAAACACAUUUGCAAGAUUUGAUCAGCCCUAGGUGGACCAUGCCAGAAAUUCAAUUCCAGAAAACAGUAAAACUUGCUAUUUUUAUUGAAAUUAGCUAUAAUGCCAGUUAGAUUGUUUUGUGAAUUAGUUUGCCUGAGGUGCUUCAAAACAUUGUCUUAUUCUUGCCUUAAUAAUGCUUCAACUCCUUUUGCCUAGGCAACAGAUCAUGCAUAAUCUCCAGCAAGGUCAUCCUUUUUACUCUCUAUAGGUGGUUGACUCAUAGCUGUGGAUCACAUGAAGUUCCCUAUUGUAUUGCAACUCCACAUUGGCAUAAUCAUUUCCAAUUCAGUGUUAGGCCUAUGACUGUAAGCAAAAAUAAAUUUACUAGCAAGUAAGCUUCACCAAACCCAAUGAUAAUUGCUUUUUCAGUAAAUAUUUUUCAGAUUUGUCUUUAUGUUUCCAUGAAAUUUAUGAAUAACCAUUCUAAAACUAGGGGGGAAAUUUACUUGGAAAUUUUAACUAAUUUAAAGCCAUUGUUGCCUUUUACAGUUUGCUGAAAUGGUACUUAAUUGUAAUAGGCCAAUAAGAAUGUAAAAGAAUGUAUGUCUAAGAACUGUACAGUUCCUAUAGACAAGAAUAUAUGUAUAGUAUGUAUAGAUUACUAUGCUGCAUUAUAAGUACCUACUUCCAAACCUGUCCACAGUUUUAUGCUGAGACAUUCUUGUACAAAAAUGUACAUUUACUGAAAGUAUUAUAGAGGUAGUCCUCGACUUAUGAUCUCAAUUAAGCCUAAAAUUUCUGUUGCUGAGACAUUUGUUAAGUGAAUUUUGCCCCAUUUUGCGACCUUUCUUGCCUCCCUUGUUAAGUGAAUCAUGCAGUUGUUAAGUGGGUAACAUAGUUGUUAUGUGACUCUGGCUUCUCCAUUGAUGUUGCUUGUCAGAAGGUUGCAAAAGGUGAUCACAUGAUCCCGACACUGCAACUGUCAUAAAUAUGAGUCAGUUGCCAAAUGUCUGAAUUUUGAUCACGUGACUAUGGGGAAGUUGCAAUGGUUGUAAGUGUGAAAAACAGUCAUAAAUCACUUUUUUCAGUAUAGUAACUUUGAACAGUCACUAAGCAAGCUGGUUGUAAAUCGAGGACUACCUGUAUAAGACUGGAAGCAAAUUGUUUUAUAGUUAAAGAUUCCUUUUGAAAGAGAAUGGCUCUUGUUCUAGCUAGGUUUUUGCACAAGAUUUGUAAUACAUGAGCAGAACCAAGGAUAAGAAGAAGGUCAAAGAUGCCAUGCAAGUAGAAAAACAUAAGAUAACAAAGCAAAGAAUGUAUAUAUUCAAAAACUACUACUCUGUUGUUUAAAUGCAUUUAGUAUUUAAUUGUACUUUUUUAGGUUCGGAUUUUUUUUAUGUGACUGUCCUUCUUUCUCCACCUGUGAUGAGUAACACUUUGAGUUUCUCAAAUAAUAUACACUGGGCAAAAAACAGCUCCAAUGUGAAUAUUUCUGUUUCCCAUUUAGGUAAACAUUUAAAUACCUUUGUUGAAUUUGUUAGAUGUCAGAUAAUAGCACGUUUUUCAUUUAGUUUUGCUUUUCAUUAGAAGCCCACCCAGAUCAUAAAAACCUGAAGUAUGAUGUAAAGAUGUACUUAUUUUAAUAUUGUAAAUUAUUUAUGUAUUUUGUAAACUUAAACAAAUAUACUUUAAUUAAACUUUCUUUAUCAUUAUGAAUGUAUACUUACGCCUUUCUAAAUGUUUUGAUCAAAGAUAUAUGGUCCACUGUAUAACAGAUACUGCUGUAUAAUACUGUGUGUUUCCUGUCACGUGGAAAUUUAAACAUUUUCAAAAUCUUUGACAAUGUUGCUAGCUCUCAGGGAAAAUAGACAGUCUUUGUUUGCAAUGUCAGUUGUAUCACAGGAGAAUCUCACAUGUCCCUUGCUCUUUAUUCUGAGAAAGUGCAGCUAAUAUUAGCUGUUUUACAAUACAUAUAAUUCCCAAAUCUAAUUUAAUCCUCUAAAUUUGAAAGUUUAGUAUCCCAAAUACAUUGUAACUUAUUCUUCCAUUACAUCCACCACAAAACUUUCUUUUUUUUCCGUUCUUCUGUUUUCUCCUCCCCCCACUUUGAACUUAACUCAGGGGCUAUAGUUAUGACUUUAUUGUCGCUUUCAAUUUCAUUUGCCCUUAAUUGUUUAUUUAGGUAGAUCACCUUCUCUAUAAGAUAUAUUGAUGCCUGAUGCCUGCAGGAGCUCAUUUGCUGCUACAUUGUUUAAUUUCAUUCAGUCUCACAAACAGUAUAUUGCCUUUGUUUCUUCAGGCCCAUUUUCCCACAUCCUGUCUAACAAAAUGUAUUUCAAUUAAUUUAAAAUGUACCUGACCAGUUGGAUUUACCAUCCUUGGGUCUCUAUAAUAUUUCAGUAGAUUUACUGUGCACAACUUGUAGCUACACAGCAAUGUGAGAUUGAUAGCACAUUGAGAACCAGUUUGGUCUAGUGGUUAAAGCAUCAGGCUAGAAAGCUGGAGACCAUGAAUUAUAAUUCUGCCUUAACCAUGAAAGCCACCUGGGUGACCUUGGGCCAGUCACUCACUCUCAGCCCAGCCCACCUCACAGGGUUGCUGUUGGGACAAUGGGAUGAGAAAGGUUAUGUUGGAUAUGUUUGCUGUUUUGAGUUAUUUGUAAAAAUAAUAAAGACAGGAUUUUGUUUUCAAAUUUUGAAAUCAAUAUUGUCUGGUUUAUCUGGAAAUACCCUAUUGCUGAAAUGCUUGUUUUCCAAAUAAUCAUAAUAUAGAUGAAGUUUUGAUUUGAUACUACUGUUUUAAAAUGACUGAUAACUGAGUAUCUUAGACAAUGAUUUAUGGCAAAAAGAAGUUGGGAAUGUAAGUACAUAUUUAAAAUGAUUGGCAAAGUAGAGUGGAGUAUUAUGGUAAAUAGGUGCUGUAUAAAGUUGUAAUUAAUAUUGAAGGUAAUUUUCAUAGUCAAUGUUAUUUCAAAACACCUUGAACAUUAAAUGUUUGUUUCUACCACUUAUAUUCUUUAUUUAGAUUGGUCUUUCAUACUGAAUGUUUUAUUUCUAAAUCAUAACCUUUUGAAACAUCCACACACCUGCAAAGAAACAGUUAAAAAAUAAAUCAUUUUAAAAACGAA